AAACAAUAACACAAGCUAUUUUUCAAUUCUUCCACAAAUGUUCAACAAAUUCAAGUAACAACUUAGAACAUAAUAAUAAGCUAAAAUAAAACAAUCCUUGCACAAGUCUAGAGUAAUAACACAUUGUAUAAAGUUACAAGUCUCAUCAUCACUCAAAAACUUAAACAAGCACGUUCAUCAUGUGUCGUUGAUGGAUUGCGUCAUUUCUAAAUAAUAUGAUGCCCAACAAGUUCAUACUUUAUCAAUCUCUUCUUAUGAGAAUGGUUUUGGAUUGGCGAAUCGCUACAAAUUAAAUAAAAAGGUUAUUAAAAAAACAUUACAUGGAGCAAACCUAUUGAAUGUAAAUAAAAUAAUAAUGUACCUCAUCUCACAUUUCAAGAAUUACCGCCAAAACAAUAUUAUGUCAAUAAAAUACAAACUACAAAGUGAUGCAAGAGUUAGAGUGUUAGAAAAGUACCCCAUUAAAAUAUUAUAUAAACCCACUUAUGACAUAUGGUUUCAAAUCUUGCUUCUAUUCUGCCAGUUAACACAAGACUUUUAUGUACACUGUUAUGCAAUACUAUGCUCACUAGAAAAUACAAGUGAAAAAAACAAGUGUUAAACCUGGUCAAAUACAACAUUAUCACUCUCCCUCUGCGUUCAAACGAGUACUCACAUAUAAAGCUCCAAUACUACUCGAUUAACUUUGGAUGGAACUGGUAGAGGUAGAACCAGAACAAAUUUUGAGGAGUGGCUAAAAUUAAAAACACUUUAAAUGCAAUAAAACACUUGAAUUGAAUUUUACUAGCUUGUUCUUACCUAUUACUUUCUUCGUUUGACCAUUUCAAUGACCCACCACUCCGAAUUAUGAUUUGAUAUAUAGGCAUACAUAACCCUACUCAGAUAAGACUUUUUCAAUGGAGGCUCUUAAAAGGUAUUCUGCCUAUUUCUGAUAAUAUGGCUAGGUUCAAAAUGGUUCUCAAUCCCUCUAUAUGCCCUCUAUGUAGGGCUCAUAGUGAUUCUGUUGAUCAUGUCUUUUAUAGCUGUGAUAAGGUUAAGUCAGUGUGGGAUUAUUUCAUGGGAAUCCUUGGAAUUCCAACACUUCACCAAACUAUUUCAAUCAGGCAAAUAUUCAUAUCUUGGUGGUUAAAGGCGGGCUCUAAAAAGCUUGAGGGUAUCUUUAAACAUUGUUUGCCUGGUAUCAUCUGCUGGCAGAUUUGGAAAUCCUACUUUGCCUUGGUUUGGGGUUCAGAAGAUACAUGCCCUACCUCGGUCUUCUUAAUUAGCCAGAUUAAAGUUUUUACCCAAAAUUGGGUGAGGGGUUUUUCAUCUAUCAAACAGACAAAGGUAGGGGAAGUUCUAUACGAAGAAGGUCUGAUUCCUUUGUCUUUUAGACUGCCCAGACCUACGAUUCAAGCUACUCUAUGAAAGAAACCAAAGAAAUCUUACAAGCUAAAUGUUGAUGCGAGCUUUUCACCUCCUCGAGUAGCAGGAGGAGCCAUUUUAAGGGACAGUAAUGGGAAGAUGGUUAUGGCCACUACAUUCCCGAUUUCCGCUUCCUCCUCCUUUGAAGCUGAACUCCUUUCAUUGAUAUACGCUACAUCUUGGGUAAUUGGAGAUGGUUUCAGUGAUUUUCAGGUAGAGACGGACUCCAUGGAGGUUCUGACUUGUAUCAAUCGCAAAAGUAAUGGAAGAUGGAGUGGAGAGCUUAUGCGUUUGUUGGAUUUGUCUGAACGGAGAGGAGUUUCCUUUUCCGUGGUUUUGAGAGAGUCCAAUUGGACUGCAUAUUUUUUGGCAUCACAUUUUAUGGGCCAGCCCAUCACUUUCUGGCAGGUUGCUGAUCUUCUGCUCCAAGCCCGGAACGCCUUCUACAUGGAUAUGUUCGAGAUCCCCUAUUUGAGAAUUGCCAAUUAAUUGGCUUGUCUUGCUUUUUGUUUCUGGAUGUUUUAUUUUUUGAGAACACAUGUCUUUUCUGAAGUGGUUUUGGUCUAGUCCCCUGCUUCAUUUGUAUUACCUCUGAUGGAGUAUAUGGACUCCGACCCUCCGGUCUGCCGACUAUUGGGCUUCGACAGCGGCCCAUGCACGUUUAGCGGAUUCAUAUUAUUGUACAUUAUUAUUCAGAUGUACUAGAUUAGUUUUUUAUACAAUUAGUCCAUUUAUGUAACCGGAUCUGUUGGGCCUAUAUUAAAGGCCCAGACUCGGAUUUCCCUAUAUAUACUCCUUAUAGGAGGCUUGUAAACCUAAGUCACAACUUUCAAACUCAUUCACAAUACACUAUCUCUUUCUCCUUCU